UCACAAGAUUCUCGAAUUCUCUACCUUCCCGCUUGAGAGACGUAAGCUGGUGCAAGAACUGCUCGAAUCCGCCUCCCAAUUGAAAGCACGUGAGCAGUGGCGAUUUGGGCGUGCCAGCCAGAAUCUUUUUCGACUAGUUGUUGUUAGUAAUUCGAUCAGUGGCGCCAUUGGUGGAUCGGGGCUUACACGAAGAGUCCAAUUAACCCUCGUGUUAGACCAGGAGACUUCCUAACAGGUUCGUAUGGCUUCAAUCUUUCAGAGUGACUGAGCUCUCCAAAAUGGGGGGAAGAGAAGAGGCACGCUUAGGAAUAUAAUCAUCUCAAACGCCUGCAGUCUCAGGAUCGAGCUGAGUAGAACGAAACGUUAGCUUGGUAUCAAGCAGUGAAUUCUCAUCGGAAAUCUUGCCAAGAUUUACUGCUGUGAGUCGCCUGUUUGCCUGUGAAGGAUAUACUGCUUGCUCCUACCUCAAGGCUUGAGCUCUGAGUCUGACUCAUUGUCAGCCUGGUCAGAAGUCGGAGCGCUGUUGAAAACUGACUAAAUCGGAAUGAUGGCAUCAUCUAGCACUCUCCCUCGUUCCAACCACCCCAUAGCCGCCUCUUCCACGCCCACAGCUUCACUUCCCCUUCGACUCGACAACCAACUCUCCCAUCUGCUCGUCCUGCUCCUCCUGCUCCCACUUCUUUCCCUCGUUCUCCUAUUCUCUGCUUCAUCCGUGCCUGGUUCUGUACCUCAUGGCGCUGCUGUCUCGGUUAAGCUGGAACCAGCCCUGAUUCCGCAUGCCACGGAGUUGAAAACAGUGAAGAACAGUGGGAUGGUGAGGCAGCAGCAACGGCGUAUGUUGCCCUCUCGGCGUCAGCUUCAGUUUAUUCCCUUCCCGGGCUUCCCCGCAAUAGCGCCAUCCCCACCGCCUGUCAGGCAACCGCCACCUGGCACCACAGUUUCCAGCACCAACAUCACCGCCCAGCUGUCCUUCAACGCAUCUGCCACCACCACCACAAAUUCCCCCGUUGUUGCUACUGCUGCACCCAUCUCUUCCAACAGCACUGCUGCUGUGGCAGCAACAGGAGCUGCUCCGCCCGCAACCCCCGGGCCUCAUGGAGAGUUCUUUCCGAACCCUGUGACUACGGCGGGGGGUGCCUUGCUGGGCGCUGUUGGAGGUGCCACCACUGGUGCCUUCGCUGGAGCUGCGGCAGGUGCAGCUGCUGCUAGUGGAGAGGGCAACAGGACUGGAGCAGGAGGGGUUGGGCAGGGAGCAGGAAUUGCAGGGUCGGCUCCUACGGCUGCUGUGCCUUCUCCUGCAGUCAUGCUGCCACCACCAGCACCACUUAUGCCGCUGCCAACACAGCUGUUGCCCCCACCACUGCCGCAGCAACAGUUGCCCCCACCACUGCCACAGCAACAGUUUCCCCCACCACUACCACCAGCACAGCAGGAGGCACCCACAGUUGGUGAUUUUUCUGUGGCACCUGCUGGGAAUUUUGCUGCCGGGGCGCUGCUUGGGAGUGCGCUGGGCGCUGCAGCUGGCACGGCUGCUGCUGCUGCAGGCUCGGCAGUGGCUUCGGCUGCUCAGGGUGCUGCAUCUGCCCCUCCUCAGAUGCCACCUCCACAGCAACAAGUGGCGGUUCAGAGCCCCGCUCCUCCGGCUCCUGUGGUGACACCAGGUGGUCUUCUCAAUGAGACGUUGCAUGCGGUCGGAGAGCUUUCUGGGCAAGGGAGUGUGGUGGUGAACGGUGACCAAGUUCAGAUGCAAAUGCGGGCAGGAAGGGGAUUACGGGCUAUGAGGCGGAGGCGAGGCAAUGGAGAAACACUUAAUCAGGUGUCGAAGGAAUACUAAGUGAACAGCAUACCAUUCCCCCAUUUACUAUUGGUAUGUGAAAAUAUAUUGAAAAUUAUGUC